UAGGUCAGGAGGGAUCCACAGAGGAACAUGCUUCCACCAUCAUGCCUCGUGGUUUGUGUUUUUAAACGCGCAUAAAGUUUACAAGUAGCUUUUACAGUUUCCAAAAUGAUGUUUGGAAAGGACGUGCCAUGGCGGCGUUUAAGCGGCAUUUCGUUUGGAAUGUACUCCGCCGAAGAAAUAAGAAAGUUGAGCGUGAAGACAAUCACAAACCCCAAGUUUCUUGAUGCAGUUGGAAAUGUGGCCCCCAACAGUCUGUAUGAUCUGGCUCUGGGGCCAGCAGACUUGAAAGAGGUGUGUUCAACCUGCUGUCAGGAUUUCAAUAACUGCCCUGGACACUUUGGGCACAUAGAAUUGCCUCUACCUGUAUACAACCCACUGUUUUUUGAUAAACUGUACCUGCUGAUCCGCGGUUCCUGCCUGUCCUGUCACAUGCUAACCUGUCCUCGGGCUGCCAUCCACCUGCUGCUGAACCAGCUGAAGUUAGUGGACCAUGGAGCAAUCCGGGAGGUCUACCAGAUCGAACACGUUCUCAAUCAACACCUGGAGGAGAAUCCCAAAGCUACAGGAGAUGAAAUUGAGGAGCUGCUGCGCCACUAUACGAAUGAAACUAUUGAAACGAGCGUCAACAUUUCUGAAAACUUCAAACCUACUAAACAUGUGGUGGAAAAGAAGGCUUGUCUGAUAAAUGACUUCUGGAAGAUUCACAUGAAAACCAGGAAGUGUCCUUACUGUAGGAGCGGCAGGACUCUUGUGCGGCGUGAACACAACAGUAAGCUGAUCAUCACAGCUCCAUCAGGCGCACAGACCAAUGAAAACACUAAUGAGAAUGUCAUGGCUGGAAGGAGAGUCUACCUGACAGCCAGCACAGCCAAAGACCAUAUUAUAAAAAUCUGGGAGAAAGAAGGUUUCUUCCUCAGCUGCCUCUUCCCUGGGCUGGAAGAGACCGCCAGUCCUGCAGACGGACAGGGGGGCUUUUAUCCGGACCUAUUCUUCACGGAGCUGCUGGUGGUCCCACCAUGCAGGUUUCGGCCCAUCAACAGACUCGGUGACCAGAUGUUUACAAAUGGUCAGACUGUCAACAUGCAGGCUGUGAUGAAGGACUGUGAAAUCAUCCGAAAACUCCUGGCUCUCAUGGCGGGAGAGAAAAACGCGGAAGGGGAAGAGGCUCCCGAUCAGAUGGAUCCGACGUUCCUGUCGGGAAUCACCGGGUUGACAUUAACAGAUAAACUCUACAACAUGUGGAUCCGCCUUCAGAGCCACGUUAACAUCGUUUUUGACAGCGACAUGGACAAACUGAUGACGGAGAAAUACCCCGGAGUCAGACAGAUUCUGGAGAAAAAGGAGGGCUUGUUCCGGAAGCACAUGAUGGGCAAACGCGUGGACUACGCCGCCCGGUCCGUCAUCUGUCCUGACAUGUACAUAGAAACCAACGAGAUUGGAAUACCAAUGGUUUUUGCCACCAAGCUGACCUACCCUCAGCCCGUCACCCCGUGGAACGUGAAGGAGCUCCGUCAGGCCGUCCUCAAUGGGCCCAACGUCCAUCCUGGAGCUUCCAUGGUGAUAAAUGAGGAUGGCAGGAAAACCAUUUUAUCGCCCACCAACUUCACGCAAAGGGAGGCGGUUGCUAAGCAGCUGCUGACGCCCUCUCUGGGUCCUCACAAGAUGUCCAUGAAAAUCGUGAAUCGCCACAUAAAGAAUGGUGAUGUUUUGCUGCUCAACAGACAGCCGACUUUGCACAGACCGUCCAUACAAGCUCACUGUGCGCGCAUCUUACCAGGAGAAAAGGUUCUGAGGCUCCAUUACGCAAACUGCAAGGCGUACAACGCAGAUUUUGACGGAGAUGAAAUGAACGCACACUUCCCUCAGAGUGAGCUGGGCAGAGCAGAGGCCUACACAUUAGUCAGCACCAACCAGCAGUACCUCGUUCCUAAGGACGGGAAACCUCUAGCGGGUUUGAUCCAGGACCACAUGGUUUCGGGGACCAGGAUGACGAUCCGAGGCUGUUUUUUCACCAGAGACCAGUACACAGAGUUGGUGUUCAGAGGUCUGACUGACAAACGAGGCAGAGUGAAGCUGCUGCCUCCAGCCGUACUCAAACCGCAGCACCUGUGGACAGGGAAACAGGUCGUGUCCACUCUCCUGUUGAAUGUAAUUCCUGAGAAGGCGGUGCCUCUGAACUUGAUUGGCAGGUCAAAAAUCCCCAGUAAGGCGUGGAUCAAGCUCCCGCCGCGCGCUGCCCCUGGAUACCAACCGGAAAGCAUGUGCGACUCUCAGGUGGUGAUCCGACAGGGGGAGCUGUUAGUCGGGGUUCUGGACAAAGCUCACUACGGCUCCUCCGCUUACGGUUUGGUCCACUGCUGCUACGAGCUGUACGGCGGGGAGACCAGCGGCAAACUGCUGGGCUGUCUGGCUCGACUCUUCACCGCCUACCUGCAGCUGUACAGAGGCUUCACUCUAGGUGUGGAGGACAUCCUGGUGAAGCCGGGCGCCAACAAGAGGAGGAGAAAAAUCAUAGAAAGUUCCCGAAACGUUGGCUCCCAGGCCCUACAGGCGGCGUUCAACCUGCCGCCCGGCGUGGAUCCAGCGGACGCCCGCAGCCGAUGGCAGGACGCCCACCUCAACCCCGACCAGAGGGACUUCAGCACGGCCGACCACAAAUUCAAGGAAGUCGCAAACCAAGUGAACAACGACAUCAACAAGGUGUGCAUGCCGGUGGGACUCCACACCUCCUUCCCGGACAACAACCUGCAGCUGAUGGUCCAGUCUGGAGCCAAGGGUUCUACAGUCAACACCAUGCAGAUCUCCUGUCUGCUCGGUCAGAUUGAGUUGGAAGGCCGCAGACCUCCUCUGAUGCCCUCAGGGAAGUUUCUACCGUGCUUCCAGCCGUACGACCCCUCGCCCGGCGCCGGGGGGUUCGUUUCCGGAAGAUUUCUCACAGGCAUCAAGCCUCAGGAGUUUUUCUUCCACUGCAUGGCGGGCAGAGAAGGCCUCGUUGACACGGCUGUCAAAACCUCGAGGUCUGGAUAUUUGCAAAGAUGUAUCAUAAAGCAUCUGGAGGGUCUGGUGGUGCAGUACGAUCUGACUGUGCGGGACAGCGAUGGGUCUGUGGUUCAGUUCCUGUACGGUGAAGAUGGCCUGGACAUUCCCAAAACUCCCUUUCUGCAGCCGAAACAGUUUCCCUUCAUAGAGGACAACUUUGAGGUCAUCAGGAGGACCCAGAGUUUGGACAGCGUUCUGGCGCGGCUUGACCUUCAGACGGCCAAUCAACACUUUGCCGCCAUCCGGCGCUGGAAAGCGAAGAGAGAGAUGCCGAGUCCUCGCAGAGGAGCGUUCCUGCUGUUUUCCAAGAAAAAGUUGGCAAAGCUAAAGGAUUCCACAGCAGGAGCAGAUCUUGUUUCCACCAGAAGUCCUGCUGUUCUGCAGCUUGUAGGGCAGUGGCAUUCUCUGGAUGAAGCAGGCAGAGCAAAAUACUUGAAAAAGGCCUCCCGUUGCCCGGAGCCCUCCCUGAACCUGUUCAGGCCCGAUGUGUGCUUGGGAUCGGUGUCUGAAAGCUUUCACAGCAUCACAGAGAAAUACCUGCAGGACAGGAGCAGCGCACAAUCUGUGGACACCAACAGUCUCAGGCAGCUGCUGCAUUAUAAGUGGCAGCGAUCGCUGUGCGAUCCAGGGGAAGCUGUGGGGCUGCUGGCAGCUCAGUCCAUAGGCGAACCCUCCACACAGAUGACCCUCAACACCUUCCACUUUGCUGGCAGAGGAGAGAUGAACGUCACCUUGGGGAUUCCCCGACUGAGAGAGAUCCUGAUGGUUGCCAGUUCCAACAUUAAAACCCCCAUGAUGAGCAUACCAGUCCAGCACACCAAGAAAGCCCUGAAGAAGGCCAAAAUGCUGCGCAGGAAGCUGGCGCGCGUCUGCCUGUCUGAGGUCUUGCAGAAGGUGGAUGUAGUUGAGACUCUGCAAGUUAAACAUUUUCAAAAGUUUCGAGCGUUCAAAGUGACCUUCCAUCUCCUGCCUCCUGACCGCUACAACGAGGAUAAACUGUUGACCCCCAGCCAGAUCCUUCACUAUAUGGAAACCAGAUUUUUCCACCUCCUCCUUGAUGCCGUCAAGAAGCGAACCGCCAGGCUGUCCUCCAUUGCCGUGGAAACAAGAAAAGCCACCUCCAGGGAUAAAGACACUGAUGGAGAUGGAGCAGCUGGAACCUCAAAGUUGGAUGACGGAGAAGCAGAAGAAGACGAGAAGAUUGUUGAUGACCAAGAGAAUGAAGGAGAUGCGGAUGCGUCGGAUGCCAAGAGAAAAGGCAAACAAGAGGAAGAGGUGGACUAUGAAAGUGAGGAUGAACAAGGGGAUAAUGAAGCAGAAGAAAACGAUGACGAGGGAGAGGCAGAGGUGGAGGAGAACGCAGAAGCACAUUCCACAGAGGAAUCUCACCCGGAGUCUUCUGGAAUGAGAUUGGAGGCCAGGAAGAAGCAAAAGAAAAAAGUGACGAAAGAGUCGGAGCUCCAGAUGAGAGUCAACUCAGUUCUGGAUUUGAACUCAGCGAUAGAAGGCUAUCGCUUCGACCAGCAGGAUGAGCUCUGGUGUGAGGUUGAUCUGGCGUUUCCGGUGAACAAGGUCCACUUUGACCUGACUGCCAUCGUGUCGACUGUGGCCCAGAACGCUGUCGUCAUGGAAACCAGGGGCCUGACACGCUGCCUGCUGAGCGAAACCACGUCCAAAUCUGGGGAGAAGGAAACGGUCCUCAACACAGAGGGCAUCAACAUGCACGAAAUGUUCAAGUACGGCGAGAUCUUGGAUCUCAACAGACUGUACUCCAAUGAAGUCCACGCCAUGGCCAACACGUACGGGAUCGAAGUGGCCCUGAAGGUCAUUGAGAAGGAGAUCAAAGAUGUCUUUGCAGUUUAUGGUAUUGAGGUGGAUCCCCGACAUUUGUCUCUGGUGGCAGACUACAUGUGUUUCGAAGGUGUUUAUAAGCCUCUGAAUCGCCAUGCCAUCAGAUCCAACUCGUCUCCUCUGCAGCAGAUGACGUUUGAGACCAGCUACAAGUUCCUCAAGCAGGCCACCAUGCUGGGGUCACAUGAUCAGCUGGAGUCACCCUCCGCCUGCCUGGUGGUCGGAAAAGUGGUCAAAGGAGGAACAGGACUGUUUGAACUGAAGCAACCCCUGCAGCACAUUAAGAGUCAUUCUUAGAUGUCAGAUCAUAGAAAAUCAUUUUCUUUUUAUGUUGCUUGUGAAUAAAACAAUGACUUCAAGAUCGCCUUUAAAGGUCUUCUGACAUAAGAGGCUGAUCGGGUUUUUGUCUGUAUUUAUAGAUUAAUGUGUAAAACAGUAAAAAAUAUAUUUGAUUAUUUGUUGCCUUUGUUGUUGUUUUUUUAACUAUUGAGUGUUCGUGACUAUAUGGUGACUCUAUAUGUUUUAGCAAUUCAGAUUUAGUCCAGUUUUUUUUUUGCAAUCUUUCAGCAACAAUGACAGAAACAGCUAUCUGCCUUCAAAACAAAAUAAAUGGGGGAAGUGAGAAACUCCAGCUGCACCAUGAAGAUGACUAAAGCAGCAGAGUAUUAAAUGCAGAACAAUAAAAAACUAAUUUAUUAUGCA